AUGCCCACGCCACUACAUGUGGCGGAACAAAUAGCGGCGGAGAUGAUAGAAAGUGGACAAGUUCGCAUGGAAGUUUGGGAAUUACUUUGUGAUUGCCUGCCUUCGGAUGAGCCCAGAAGAGAAGCCAACAUUGGCAGAGCCAGCAGCAUGGGCUUCUGCAGUGGAGCCUAUAGCCAGGGCCCACUUUCUGGAUUGCGGCAAAAUACCACCUUGUUCCCCUGGGUUACCCUGCUAGUGUGCAAGUUCAUCCGAUCCUGCACACAUGAGCCAUUCACCAGCUUCGUCCUCCAGCGAAACACAUCGAUGGGACAUAAAGACCUCAACAAUGCUAAAGACAGUGUCAAUGUCCUGCUCCCAUGCUCAACCUUCCGAGGAGGCGGGCUAUGGAUCGAGCAAUCGGGUGGCCAAUGUGCAUCGCAGGAUGGCACACUAUAUGGACACAGGAUCACAGUUGCAGUCUAUACUGUCAGAGAAGUCCACUCGCUACAACCAGAACAUCGCGA